GGAAGCAAUAAAGGGCCGCUGUCAAAGUUUGACGGAUGCCUUGUUCCCAGUAGCAACGGUUAACUUAAAAAGCCGCUAGCCGGGGAGGAGCUGGUUCGGACCAGGUCUGCCGUCGGCAGCUGCGGGUGAAUGAAAGGGUCUGGACCGGCCGGGAAAGCACUGCACACGGAGCUCACCCCGCUGAAUCUGCCCCAACUUAUCCCGGGUAGCACCGGCGAGAAGGAGUCGAGCUGCGCUUCGGUAUCCUUUAUUUCUCCCCGCGCCUGGUUUGGUUGAUUUUUAUUCACUGAUUUGGCUGCACAGAACCUAACAAAGGCAAUUCAGCCAGGUAGGCUGCAGAUCAACCACAAGGCAACUGAAUGCUGGAAUGCUGGGCACUGAAUGGACUAACACUGCUCCCACAUUUCCUUCAUUUCUUUUCAAAAACACCGUGUCUGUAGUCUCGAUCACCAAAUAAGCUGAAGCUUCUCUUGCAGCUUCAGCAGGGAAAAUGCAACGCCUUAAGUCGCACGCUUUGGAGGGAGACGUAGCGAAGUGGCUGGAGACAGAGAGGCGUGAAUCCAAGCGUGCAGAAACUAGACUCAGGAAUGGACUUCACGACUUGGAGGAGGCGAGGUUUUAUUGUAUCAACAGAAUGAUGAAGGAACAGCAACGUGUCCAGAGAGAUCUUAUCACGAUAAAAAAUGGGUAUUCUAAGAAGAAGGCAGUAAGCUGUUUCGGAAAGCUACGCCCAGAUACUAACACUGCAGUUAAGGAAAGCCCUGACUUCGGCAACAAAGUUUCACUCGUCAAACCACCUGCAAAGGACAGAAGCUUCAUCUUGGCAUCAGAAAGAAUCAGAGCGCAGAACUACUCCCCGGUGAAAGCUGCCAGGAUUGUGAUACCACCCAGCGUCUCUCACGCUCUGCAGACACAGAUCAACGAGUUCCUCAGUGGGUUCAGCGAUGAACAGGAGAAGUCCGAUAAGCACGCUGCGGCAGAAGAGGUCCAAGCCCUGACGCCACCCAAGCUGAAUGCAAAAGUGAGGACUGAGAGUGCCAGUCCGUCAACCUUGAAGCAGCCUGUCACCAAGCCCGCCAUCUCAUUCACGGACAGCGAAAGGGGAAACCAAGCAGCACAGGAAAGCUCCCCCGAUGGGUCCGAGUUCUAUGCUCCGGAUGGGUUGCCCAGAACCAUGCACACCAUGCCCAGUUUUCUUGAGGCCUUCGCGGAAGCAAGGAAAGCACGGUACAUUAGACACCGAAACAAACCCGACAGUGAGAAGGAAUUGCCGAUCAGUGACAUUUUUAGAAAAUGCAAUGGGUCCAUCCAACGCGUCACAGUGAAGGACGCAAAAAAUGUCAAGGGCAACAGCUCCAUGGGAGCAGAUUCAAAUUAAACAAGUAUUGCAGAAUUUGACUGAAAAAUUAGAGAAAAUAGUUGCCGCACUUAUUACAUCCACCUUGGAUAACAUUUGCCCCAGAGGACCAGAUUUGACCCCUAUCGUUGUGCCAGGGCCAAUGUCUCUUGUGCCCUCUGACACUGGGUCCCAACAGAGUUUGGGGGUUAGUGGGAGGUCACCUUGGGACAGACAAGCUCACUUCACACUCAUCUUGCCCCCAUUUUGUUCCACUGAAUAGAAAAGGACUGAUGCUCUUCCCAAUCCCAGGACUGAUUAAUUGAACCCCAGCAAUGGGAUAGAAAACUAGAGGAAAAUACAGUUCUGAAGCCUGGACUGAGCAUGGUGCUCUGGAGAGCACAUUGUCUCUCAGCCUAUUGAUUGUUUAAGUCUCCUUUUCAUUGCCAGGUCCCUAACCAAGUCUUGGCCGCAGAGUUCUUGCCCUAAGUCUAAGAUCCCUGUUGCUAAUAGACAUCUAACUUUCACAAACUCUAAAACGAAAUCUCCAGCUAUCCAGAGACAAGAAAAACUCCAGAUGCUGGAAAUCCAAGCAACACACACACAACGUGCUGGAGGAACUCAGCAGGCCAGGUAGCGUCAAUGGAAGAGAGUAUAGUUGACAUUUGGGCUGAAACCGUUCAGCGUGACUCACUAAUUAAUCAGGAGUCCUGACGAAGGGUCAUGGCCCAAAACGUCGACUGUUUACUCUUUUCCAUAGAUGCUGCUUGGCUUGUUGAGUUUCUCCGGAGGGAGGGGGGGUGGCUCUAGCUUUUAGAUUAUAUCUAAAAGCUAGAGGAGAAGAUGGCAGCGCAACGCAGCGCGCGCAGCCUCUCCGGUGAAAUGAUAUCAUAUUUGUUAAAUAGGGUACCGGGCACAAUUCUGAUUUGAUGGAGACAGCCGUGAGAAGCACAGAGGAACAUCUGGAGAAACUUUUGAAAUGCCCAGUUUGCUGCCGCUGCUACAGUGUGAUCGAGAAUCUCCGGAGGGAAGGCCCCAAAAUCCUCAGCUUUCCCUGCUGCUGGAGGCCGGGAUUGGGGUCGAAGCACUCGGCAGAGAUGGUGCUCGGUGUCGGAGGGCUGGUUGGAGACUCGAGGUUUUCGGACGACUCAGAGUCGGACUAUGGUCGGGCAUGGCAGGGAGAGUUUUCUUCCUUCUCCCAUCUAUGUGAGAUGUGGGACUUUCGAGAGACUUUGAACUUUUUUUUACCGUACUCACGGCCUGUUCUUCAUCAAGUUACGGUAUUGCUUGCACUGUUGUAACUAUAUGUUAUAAUUAUGUGGUUUUGUCAGUUUUUCGGUCUUGGUCUGCCCUGUGUUUCUGUGAUAUCACACCGGAGGAAUAUUGUAUCAUUUCUUUAUGCAUGCAUUACUAAAUGACAAUAAAUGAGGACUGCGUGUCCUCAUAAUCUAAUCUAAUCUUAUUUCCCCUAUCUCUGACUGCUGUGCAGAGGAACAUGGUUUCAAACCUGUCAUAACUUGUUACCAUUUUAAACAACUCAGAAAACCCCUCCUGUAUUCAAGUGAAAAUACAAGAACAGUUUCAUGUAACAAUACUUGCUACAGAAAGAAGUGCAAGUUGAUUAAACCAUGUAGAAUCCAUUAUUUCGUUCGGUGAGUCAGAACAGCUCAGGGUCGUUCUGCUCUGUACCCUGCUCAAAGACAGCAUACCUUCUUUGAAUAUAUUGGACAAACCUUCAGCUUUUUAUGGUUUGUGUGGAAGGAAUCAUAGUUGACAGUGCAUGUAAAUAUGUCUAAAAACUGAGCACAAAUACACUAAGAUUCUGCUGCACAUUUGGCGCAGCAUCUGGGUUUCCCAGUGUGUGUCACAGCCCCAUGGGUGGAGGUUGGUUGCUGGAAUAUUAUAUCAGCCUCAGGCAUAACUGCCAGCAGACAGUUAGGCUCAAUUUUCUUUACUGAAUUAUAGAUAUGAGUCAAAAACUGUAGAUGCUGGAAAACUGAAAUGACAGAAAAUGGUGGAAUCACUCAAAAAGUCAUUCAGGAAGUUAGUAAGAAACCCGCUAGAGAGGCAACACAGGCGUAAAUAGGAUUGGCCCAGAUUUUCUGCCCAGGCCUUUAAUCUGGAACACCCUGCAAUGAAGGGUUGUCCUUUGAGUUACAAACUCCACAAUCUGCUGGACCUUUUGUGCCAUGUCACUGUCCUCACUUUGAAAGCAGCAACUCCACCUUUAAAAUUCUUUAAAUUUCAUGAAGUAGCUGCCUGGCACAGUCAUUUCCAAUUACUCCAUCACCGAUGGAGCUGGAAUGUGCUAACAAAUUAUUUAAUGCUUCCUGGAUUGCAAGUCAACCUCUCCAGCCCAGAAACCAAGCAACUGAAGCAAUGGAGUUUCAUUUCUAUGGAACUUGCUAUUCAACUUCUUACUUAAUCUGCAAAGGCAUUCCUUCCUUUAUUCCCAAUUUCCUUUUCAGACUUCAUUUUGUUUUAUAUUUCCCAGUAGGUGGCCUUCCGGUUGCAGGAAAAAUUAGGAGUAGCGCCAUUUUUUUUUGUUGGCAAGGACUCAGCUGAAUCUAAGUUCUAGGCCAUAGAUGUUAGCCUGCUACCCUGCAGCUCUAGUGACUUCGGUUCCAUCCUGACCUGGGUGAUGUCUGUAUAGAUUUUACACGUUGUCCUUGUGACUAUUUGAGUUUUUCCUGGACGCUCCAGUUUCCUCCCACAUUCCCAAGAAGUACAGGUAAAUUGGCCCUAGUGUGUGGAUAAGCGUUAGAAUCUAAGGAAGGGGUUCCUAACCUUAUUCAUACCAUGGACGCCCACCAUUACCUGAGGAGUCCGUGGAUGCCAGGUGGGGAACACCUGAUCUAAGGGAGUCGGUUUGGAAUUUUGGGAGGAUAUAUGUGUUAGAGUAGGGUUAGUGAUGAACUGAAAGAACUGUUUCCAAUCGUCUGUAGCCUGAUGAUUACUUAUUUAACUUAGUAGACAGGAAGCCUCAACCAGAAAAUCCACAUCACAGUAUUAAAACAGCUAAAAUAUUUGGAGUAACACAUUCAGUAUGCUGGAUGAACUC